AUGUCGAGAUUUAGGAAAUACGGCGCAUUCAGCACAUCACUGCUGAUAGUAAUUGCUACGAUGAUAGGGUCGUAUUUGGCAGACGGGACACCGACGGGAGGAGGGUGCACAAGGGGUGGUCCUAAAGCAUCCGGCUCCGGUCCUAGUUGCCUUAAGUCUUCUCCCACGAAUGGUAAAUACACAAAGGCAGAUACAAAACGCUAUUUGAAUGAUAUGAAAAAUAUGGCCAUUUCAUUUGGACAUAUUUACGGAUACGAACAAAGGGCUUCGGACGAUUUAAUUCUGCUUGACUAUGUUGGUGUGCCCUAUCCUAUAAAGGAUUAUACUAAACACAAUAGUGCUCUAGAUGAAGAAAUUAGUAAAGCUAAAUCGGUAGAUACGUAUAUGUACAGGAUUAUGCAAAAUACUCAGUGGGCGUGCUUGUCUGAGUAUAAUACGCCGCCAACUAAGAAAUUCGAUCCGAAAAAGUCUGCUACUACGAAAGAUAUCUCAAGAGCCAAUAAUGCAGUUAAGGAACUCAUUGAUGAGCUUUCGCGCAACGUCAUUACAGAACGGCAUGUGGUCCUGAAGAUUCAAAUGUAUAUGACAAUGGGUUAUGAGCACUUACAUUCAACGAACACAAAAAAACUCUUAAGUGCGUUAACCAACAUGUACGACUACGGCAUGUCUCAUAAGGGCCGUUGUACGGAAAAGCAAGUACGAGAAAAGCUGGAUGAAGAUCUAUCAACCAUUGAGGAAUCCUUAUCAUGGAGUAAUAUCCAACUAAAUGCAUUGUCCGAUUUGGCAAGCAGUCUCUGUAAACAUCACAGGUCAGGAAAUUAUGGAGUGUUUUGCGACCCUAGCUUUAAUCACUUCGAGGAAUUUCGAUCUGGAAUUUUGAGUUGGUACAGGAUGUACAGCUCUAUUAACUCACGCAAGAUGCUGUUAGAAAAUGCAUUAAAUGUUGUAAAGCCGCUGCUGAAUUGGUUGAGUGUUGCAAGUAUGCAUUCAAAAACGUCUAAGCUAUAUUUAAAAUUCGGUGAAAUGUUCAGCGCUGUAAUACCGCAGUUUAUAUGGAGCGGUAAAGAGAAACGGAGAUUUGAGUCACAGAUGCGCGAAUUGAAUUACGCAUUUGCUCACUUGACCACAAAAUGUGAUGAAAGUUAUCACGCGCUAAGUGUCGAUACUAUAUUAAAGCUGCAGAGGGAGUAUUUUGUCGCCAUUACGUUCAACGACGAACCUAGCCUUCAUUUACUGAUGAUACAUUACUACGCUGCACUGAAGUCGUUCGAAGAAUACUCGCGUAGCAUUACCAUUUUAAAACACACAUAUGGCAGGCAAAUACGAAAGUUCCCCCGCGUACCCGACGCCAAAGAAGAAUUGCGAGGCCUGAAGGCGGAUAUUGUGUACGAGCGCAUAAUGACAUUGGAUUGCAACCUUUCCGCAAAAAUGCGUGAAAUAAUAGAUAUAAAACAAGAUUCGACGGAUCGUAAAGCUACAUCAAUCGACGGUAAGCAGGCAUACAGUUGCAAUCAAGAGAGAUUGGAAACCAGGUUGAACGGCUUGCGUUCAUCAUACAUUGCAAUGACAACUAUGAUGAUCGAUUAUCUCGAGUUACUAUGGCCCGUUGCAUCGGAGGCCGCUGAUGCGGAUUAUUCGACCGUAGUUCAAAGCAUAUUGUACGAUGUUACGUAUUCGGCUUUCCGCGCCUUACAAUUGGCGGAAGAAAACAGUACGACAUUCUCCGAUAUGGAGAGAAUAGUGUCGUCGGCUUUCGAUAGUGUGGGAGUCAUACCUAUGGUGUCAUCCACCACUAGCGACAGUGCCUGUUACCGUGAGCUGGAUAGUAAACACGGUAACAUCCUAAGUCGUAGAGCCGACCUUCAAGAGAUUCUUAGUAGUUUGUAUAUCGAAACAGAUGACGAAAAGACACUAGGAUCAUUGUUCCAAACUUUGAGAAAUGCUAUCGGCGCUGACGAUCACUGGAAAACAAACAACGCCUUCAAGCUAUUCUUGGAUAAUAGAGAACUGGUACAACGAGUGUUGCAAUUGGAUAUCGCAAUGCCGCGUAUACAACAACUCAUUGAAGAGUUUGUAGAUGUUGUCAACGCCUCCAUGCCGAGGCUCUUCGAGAUUGCAGCAGGUGUUGACAGCUGCAAAACGACUUAUGAGUUGGAGCCUACCAGGACUGCCGACAAUCACUCAACUUCUUCCAACUCCGAAGAUAUUGUUGAACACCUUUUGACUACCUCACCGAAUCAUCAUACCGUACAAACUACUAAGCAAUUAACUGAGCACUUCGUGGAAGUUCACGUCGAGACCACGGACCCCUGCCUACAAGGCUGCGGUGUUAAGUCCUCAUCGUAUGAGUUGUUCAAGCCUGACAAACCCAAAAUCUACGAUGAUAACGGAGAAGACAGCGGCCGCAAAAUUGAUAUUCAGGCUGCCAAUGAAGCAGCGUUCUACUGCCCCCCUCCGUACGUACUUGACCCACCCAACUGCUUUCACCAAGUGUUAGUGGAGGGUGAAGCAAAGAGCGUAAUCGAUAUAAGCAAGUCGCUGAUUGAAUCAGCAUCCAACCACUUCGUCAUCUUGAAGUUCGACAGAGAACUCGUAGGACCUGGCGAAACGCUGCGCCAGACCCAGCCGUUGGAGUGUCGCUGCGUCACCAUCAAGGGCAUCGUCCUGUCUACCAUCCACAUCGAGCAUUACUACGCCAAGUAA